AGUCCCAAAGUCUUGGAAGUCUUAGAAAUCAGCUUUCUUGUAGCAGAAGUAGUAAAAGGUGUGAAGAAGCAGUUUGUGAGUGUGGGAGACCACCACUGCAGCCGAAAGUUCUCCUCCAGAUCAAAGACUUCGAUCACCAUCUUUAAGCAUCUGAAUAAGAACCCUAGUCAACACUGUCUGGCCUCAGCACUGCAAUGGCUCACAACAUUCCAAUGGACCUGAGGAUGGCAAGAUCGCUGCUUGAGUUCAAAAAACGGGAUGACGAGUUCGAGGAGAAUGUAAUAGAAAACAUCCUGUCCAGGAUUCCGUUCCCGUACAUUUUUAAGACUUGUAUCCUAUCCCGGCACUGGUUCUCCAAAUUCCACCUUGCCGCUCGAUUCCGUACUUCUUUCCACGAGAAAAUCAUCCGCUUCAGCCACACCUGGCGAUCCUACUGUCCUGCUUUUGUCAGAAUUGUAAAGGAGCCUUCUAGCAUUGUUCCGACUCCUACGGGGAAAGUUCGAGACUCGAGGUACGAGGUGGUGUGUUUUGAUAAACUGCUCAACGGCUGGAAGAUUUUCCCGAGAUUGGAUGUGCCGAUAUCUAUUAGAAACAAGGCACAAGGUUGCAAUUAUUACCUGUCCGUAGGGGGCUGUUUACUGGCCUUCAGUUUUAAGCAAUCUGAAUCGCAAGAAAUCAAAAUCCUUAUAGUCAACUGGCUGACAGGAUGUUGGAGGCACAUGCUAACUCCUGAACUUCUAGGGGCGCCAGGCUCCGGAUUAAGUUGUGGAGGAGACUGGGACGUGCUCAUACUUCCAUUCGGGCCCUCCAGCUACAAACUCGUGGUGAACAACAUUGUCAUAGAAGCGAAUGAUCAAUGCAAUUUGGUUUAUUUGUCGGAUCAUAUUUAUGACUCUCAGACGAAGAUGUGGAUAAACCCUCGAACUCCAGUAAGCAAUUCCAUGGCAGAGUGCUUCCACCUCUCCCCUUACAGUGCAUGUCUGGGCAAUCUUCUGUUUCGGCUGUGGAUACCACUCGAGGCCACAAGAAUAGAGACCAAGAACAGCAUUAUAAUCAUGGAAACAGAUGUCGUCCAAGGAGUCAGUUUUGAAACAAUUUUUCCCGGACAGCGACGCAAACCGACUUUAUUUGGCGGUCUGUUCCAUUGUGCUUCAGCUGUGUACAUGGUGCUAACAGAAGCUCAGGACCAGGGACCCGGCUCGAGUGUGUGCGAGCCACCUCCAAAGGGUCGCAGGGCUCGCGAUCCUCCUUUAGAUCUGGAUUACAUACGAUCUAAGCUUGCUGCUGCCAAUCCGAGCUUCGAGGAUGCACGAGCCGGGCUAGCUGCAAUAUCUUCUGCUAAUGCCGUUCGGGCUCAAAUUUUUAUAUAUCGACCGGACAUAUCUGAAGUCUUCCCGAUUUCAGAGAGUCCGCCACAUAUAACCUUAUACAAAGAGACAACAAUGGCAGCGGAUGGAGAGAGUAUAUUUUUUAUCGGGCCUCGCGUGCAAGGGCAUGAAGUCUCCGGGUCAAAGAUCAUAACGAGAAGAUUUUUGUCCAGUUUCAGAGUUGACGAUCCUCAAGGAGGCUGGAGCAUUCAUCCUCCUUUCCCUGAAUUGCGUCGACCAUCCAGUCCGGAGGGCCCAAAUUUUACUCGUUGGGAACGAUUUUUCUCCUUUCAUCCGGGCCAGAACCCGUUUGUGAUGCCUUGAUAGGAAACUUUUACUGCACUUGACUGUAAAGGGUUGCAGAUUUUCAGAAUGCACAAUUUCAACACAGCUUAUACAACUGCAUGGAGGCGUAUUGAAAUCAUUGAUUCAUAGAGAUGUGACAAACAACUCUUUGAGGUUUUUGUCAGAUAGUUAUAUGUUAUAGUUUGUCAGAUGCUUGUAUAUACCAUUCAUGAGAAAAUCGCGUAGUGGCUCAAGUUGUAAUAAGAGUUGUAACCAGAGAGCUCUAAGUUGCCACAGAAACCAGAGAGCAAGAAUUUCGUUUGAACUUUUGAUCGUGAACGAUCCCGUUUCCGAAGAGAUUUUCAAACAAUUAUCUUCUCGAUCAGUAAAACUACAUGAUGUUCCUCAGCUCCAAAUUCGAUAUUCAUCGUCUUGAGAAAAAUACUAGAAGUUCUUAUCACUAAUAUGAAGUCCCCAUGAACUUUAACUCAUAUGAUCAUAUGAAUUUGAGAAAAGAAGAUGACUGUCGCAGCUCGUAAUCAAAUGGUUGCUCGCUAGUUUUUGAUGUUCCACUUUCUCUUUUAGGUGACUACGAGUAUU